AUGGGCGUACUGCUGCGUUCCCGCCGCAGCUAUGGUCUUGCAUCUGCUGCUACUGCAGCUGGAGUCCCCACAACCGGCUGCUGUGCAACAGCAGCCACAGCGGACGGCAACCGCCUGCGUCGAGAGGUGAUAGAGGAGCUGCAGCUGCAGCGGCAACAGCUGCUGCAGUACAAGCCGCAAACGCGCGGUCUUUUUUUCCUGCAUCGGCCCCCGAGAGGGAGCAGCUGGCGGUCUGCUGCCUCUGCUGUUGCUGCUGCUGCUGCGCGAGCGCACCAGUGGUUUGAAGACCAGCUGAGGACGCUCCUUACAGAGCGGUUGCGGCAGCAGCAGCAGCAUCGCUUGCGCCAGCCGUUCUGCGACCUUCUGACUAGGCUUGGCCUGCGCAGCAGCAGCAACACAAACAGCAACAGCAGCACUAGCAACAGUUUUUGGCAACUGUUGUGGACUGGUUUCGUUGCCGCAGCUGCCGCGGCAACAGCAGCAAUGGCGGCUUCUCCUACGUUGUCUGCGGGGGGGGAUUUGACAGGAAGAACAGCUGGAGCAGCAGCCUCGCAAAGCAGCCUCAACAAUUGGGUUGCCUCGAGUUUGCUGCAGUGUAGCGGCAGCGCCCUCUCCUUUUGGGGUGUAUGUACGGCUGGGACGCGUAUGCAGCAGGCUCUUGGCAUUUCGUGCUCUUCUGUUCUCUCCAAGCCAUUAGGCUUGGUUACAAUAGCGGUGGCCUCCAACGCUGCUGCUGCUGCUGCUGCUGCUGCAGGCUUCGCGUGCAGCAGGCUGCAGCAGCUGCGCGCCGGCAGCAGUAGCGGUCCCUCCGGGUGGCUCGAAGCAGCAAAGACGCUGCAGCAGGAGACUCGUGGGAAGUGGGGGGGGCUGCUGCUGCAGCACCACCCCCGAGCAUCCUCUCUGACCCUCCCCACUAGCAGCAGUACCGGCACUAGCAGCAGCAGCGGGUCGAGGCAGAACUUGCUGCGUCUCUGUGCGGGGGAGACAGUAGGUUGCUUGGUUUUGUACUAUUUGUUAGGGGGUCGUCUCUUUCGUCUUUCGCCUUCCAGUUUGGUGGCUCCUGGGGCAUUUAGUGAGCGUUCCCUGUCUCUGUCUGCCUCUACGGUGUACGCGUCAGACACAGAGCGUCGGCUAAUUAAGAAGGUGGGGCUGCGCUUCGGCUGCCACACCUGCGGGACCCGCUCCCGCAGCACGCGCUGGGUGGCAGACCACCAGCCCCCCACCGCCCAAGUGCUUAACUACGAGCGCACGGCCCUGGGGUGGGCACUGGGGGCCUUGAGGCGGCUUCUGGGGGGCUCUAAAUACUGGCCGCAGCGCCUUUACCCUCACUGCGAAAGCUGCAGCCUCAAGCAGGCCGUGGCCGUGCGGCGGCAAACGGCUGCUGCUGCUGCUGCUACUGCUGCUGCUGCCGCUGCUGCAACCCCCCUCACUGCAGCAGCCGCGGCUGCGAAGCUGCGAGAGAAGAAAAACCUCCUGCAGAAGCAGCAGCUCGUCUAUAGAUGGAAGAGCCUCAGGCUUUGGCAUUUCACUGGGGGAAUCCUCACACUUAUUCGCUGCCUGGAAGCCUUAUAA